UUCUCCACCCGCCUCUUUCUCCCUCCCUUUCUCUCUCCUAUUUUUGAGCUUUUAUUCUCCGUCCCUUCCAAAUUCCAAUUCGCUCUUUUCCCUCAUAUUUUUGGCUCUCUCUCUCCUCCUUCCCUCCAUCCUCCCUCGAUUGUCUUGCAUUGCAUGAGUGGGGUGGGUCAAACCCUACAUUCUCCUGUCCCAACUUUUUUUUUCCUGCUAAUCUUUUUUUCUCUCGCGGCAAACCCAACUACCCGAACUCCAGAAUCUCCUGCUCUUCUAUACUUGCCUUUUAUGGUGUCUCUGUACUCUCUGCAAACUCUAGAUCUACGAAUGAAUUGAUUGGGUCCCCUACCUUCCUUGGGCCUGUCAUUAUUCUUGUCUGGUUUCAUUUGCACGUUGCGUUUGAGGUGUUAGUUUUUGCUUUCCCUUCAACCCAAUUGGAAAACUGAAAGCAUGGGUAUUGCUGAUUAGGUUACCGAGAUUCAGGAACCAUGCAGUUAGUGUGUGUUUAUUGGGUGAAAAAAGGUCUCUUGUACUGUACUUAAUUGGGUUUUCUGUUUCUCCUGGGCAGAAGGAUCUAUCCGCAUCGAAAUGGUGUUUUCCUUUGAGGUUAUAUUCUUCUAAUAGGGUUUCUGUGGAAUUCAAUUUGGUUAGGUGCAGAGACUGUUAUUAGAACAUGGCUCUGAAUUUUUCCUGUGAUUCGAGCUUUCUGGCUUCCCCGGAGAAGAGUCCGUAUCAUCCUAUCGGGCCAGCCGUCGAUGGUUAUUUGUUUAAGAAAUCUGGUUGUUUUGGUAAUUCGUGGAGCUUUUGUAGUUUCAAUAAGGCAUUGGAAGAUAACCCAUGUGGUGAAUUAGUCAAUGCUGAUUUGGGGGAAUUUGAUGAACCAGCGGCCGUGGUUGAUGAUAUUCUUGAUCGCUUGCCCAGGGAUCCAUUUGGCAUGAACAUAAUGAAGUCUACCUUCCCUGAAAUCUCGGAUUGGAUUCAAGAUUUUGAUUGGCAUUUCCCGUCAGGGUAUGAUGUCCUUGGGGUGGAUGAAACCCAUACAAAGCUUGAUUAUGAACUUUUUGCGGGUCUAUAUUGGGGUUGGAACGGUGCUGGUAGUUUCCCUUCCGGAGGCAACGACAAAGGCAAUGAGAUUUCUGUUUCAGAUGAAGUUUUCGAUAGAUUUCAGAUUUUUGAUGGGUUGUUUGAUGGCGGCCUCGUAUCAGAUGGAAAAGUGGAGACGGUUUUACCCACUGGCGACGGAGGCAGCUGGGUUUCGAGCAGUGAAGCAGAAGAAUUGAAAAAUUCAACCAAAAUUGAUUAUGAUGGUGAAGCAGGCAGUCCGCAUGAUGCUAUGCGUUUGGUGUUGAAUUAUCUAGGUGUCACGGACCUUCUUUCAGUUGAACAGGUUUGCAGAUCUUUGCGUGAUAGUGUUAGAGCUAAUCCUCUGUUAUGGUGGAGUAUACACAUAGAUCAGUCAUUGAGUUUGAGGAUUACUGAUGGCGCACUGGUGAAGUUAACUAACAGGGCUCAAGGUUUUCUUCAAUCCUUGAGCCUGGUUAAUUGCAUAAGGAUCACUGAUAGUGGUCUGACGUCUGUUCUCCGAAGCAACCCUCGAUUAACUAAGCUAAGCGUGCCUGGUUGUGUUAGACUUACCGUUGAAGGGAUUUUACUCCACAUGAGAGCCCUAAAGUCAUCAGGGAAACCUGGGAUAAAGCACUUAGAAAUUGGUGGGCUUCCUCAUGUAACAGACAAGCAUUUUGAGGAGUUGAAGGUCUUAUUAGAUGCGGACAAGUAUUUGCAACAGAAAGAGCAGAGGCCCCGAUUCUACCGUGGAUGGUUUCCAUAUACUAUGUGUAAUGAUGACCGUGUAAUUGAUAUAGAGCUUUGUCCUAUAUGCCAGAUGCCAACACUUGUCUAUGAUUGCCCUGCAGAGAGUUGCCAGCAGAAGCAACAGGCUUCUCCGUUGUGUAGAGGUUGCAUAGCUUGCAUAGAACGGUGCAUCCAUUGUGGGCAGUGCAUUAAGGAUUUUGAUUGUGAAGAGACAUUCUGUCUGGAAUUGCUUUGUUUGAAUUGUUGGAACCAGCUGGUGAGUUGUCCAGAUAACACAGUUGAAAAGGAUUCUUCCAAGCGCACUGUUAUUAGUCAAAGGACUAUGUAUAAGUUUUGCCUCUAUGGCUGAUGGACUAGCCCUAGCGUAAGCAGCAGUAUAUUUCUAGAUUAUUCAGACCAGAAUGCGCAAGGUCGGCUGUAUGGAUUUUGAAUGUACAAGUUGAACCUGUCAUGGAUGCAUCUGCCAAGGCUUCUAGCCCUGCUGUGUCGGCUGAUUAUCGCAUAGGAUGACCACAUAGUCAAGUCGUAUUAAGGUUCAAGCUUUGCAUUUUUGGGAAACACGAUCCUCUACAUGAUGCCAUCAGAUAGCUGAACUAGUAUCACACUUAACGACAGUCAGUAACAUCUAAGUUUUUAGGGGACUGAAUAUCAUCAGAACUGAUCUCCUAUUGCAUGUUGCGCAAAUUGUUGAACUGUCUGCAGAUGGGCUGCUUUUAACUGCUCAAGACAGGAGGAAGGAAGAAGAUGCGAUCAUUCUGGAGGGAAAUGGGAACUCAGAUUCCAUGAGAAGAAAAAGAAACAAAAAUAAUGAUAAUUUAUUGUGGUUGUGGAGUAGACGAGAGAUGCAUGGCCAUGGCCUUUACUGAACUAGGCCAACGUGAAUGCAGCUCCUGCGGGAAAAAGUUGUGAAGAGUUCACUGACAGGAAGAAUGGGUAGUUCUUGAAGGUCGGUGUGCUCAUGUUGGUUGUGCACACCUUUUCUCUAAGCAAUCCCUUCUUCGGGACAUGUCGUCUCCUGCAGUGGACAUUGUCUCGAGUUUGUGGGAAAAAUUUGUCGCCGUCGUUCUCUGUAUACUGAUGGCUGGCAUAGGACUCUCUCUAAAGGAAGGCGACCGCAUGACAUGGGGCCACCUGCCGGAAGAUUUGUACUCAUUGAAGCAGUUGCUCCUGAUGUUGCCUGUAACUGAAGCUGGAAGUCACUCCCAAGAACUGAAGACUGGGGAGAGGAUAACCGGAAGAACAAUUUAAUUCUGCUCUUAUCUUUAGUUGUGUAAUAACUGAAGCACAAACAGUCGACUAUACAAAUUGACACUUUGCGCCUGUACCUUUUCUUUAGAUGCGUUCAUCGUUGAGCUUGGAAACUAUCAUCAUCAAUAUGCCUCGUAUCGUAUCUAUCAACAGGAAAUUUAGAACACAAGUGUGCAGUUGCUGAUU